AAAGAUCGCCAAGAACUACUCAACUGGCGUUCCAAUGCGGAUCCGACGGCAUUUUACAAUACUUGCCGCGGCAUGCACGAAGAUGGCACAGGUGAAUGGUUACUUCAGGAGAGCUCAGAGUUUAGAGCGUGGGAAGGUAGCUCCAGUUCUUUUCUUUGGAUUCAUGGAAAAGCCGGUUGCGGGAAAUCGGUCUUAAGUUCCUCGAUUAUCAAACACUUGGAAAUUCAACGCAUUCAAAGUCCAACUAUUGCUGUGGCUUACUUUUACUUCAGUUUCAGCGUUUCAACAAAGCAGGACGUAAAUGUAAUGCUAUCAUCACUCAUCAAGCAAAUAUAUAUUCACAGCGGACUAAUACCUGCACUCUCUACACCCACAAGGAUGGAGCUUGAUCUAUCGUCUCGACGACAUAUCAUUGACCAUGACAUUGGGAAAUAUGUAGAUUCUACUCUUUCAUCAGACGAGGGGUUUCAUUCUUGGCCGGACGGAGUUAAGCUUCAAGCAAGAAAAGUCCUCAUAGAGAAGGCGGAUGGCAUGUUCCAAUACGUUCGCUAUCAAUUUGAAGCAUUACAAGGAUUAAAUUCGAUCUCAAGAAUCAACGAUGCUCUGCAGAAUCUUCCUAAUGGCCUGGAUGAGACAUAUAAUCGGAUGUUUCAAAAGAUACAGCCCAAUUUUCAGCAGGAAGUUAUAAGUCUAUUGAAGUGGCUCUGCUUUUCAAACGACAUCCUAACCCUUGAUAUGCUUGCGGAUAUUUUUAUUUUACGCCCAGAAUGCGAUGCUGUUCUGGACGUUGAAGACCAACUGUUCUCUUCCGACGACGUCUUGAAAUAUCUUUCUGGACUUGUUAUCACACAUAAAGUCUCUAGUAAUAACAGAGAACCAUUUACCCAGGGAGGGGACGUCUUUUACCAUGACCGCUCUUAUUUCUCAGGUGAGGUGAAAGUCCGCCUCGCGCAUUUUUCUAUCAAGAAAUAUUUAACCUCCAGUCAAAUGUACGAAGGGCCCAUGUCAGCUUUUUCAUUCACCGAUAUUGACGCUCAUCUUUGGAUUGCACGUUCGUAUGAGACGACGGACACUGGACGUAUGCUACUACGCCCGCAUCUCUACACCGCCCGGCGAGGGUAUCUCCAAUUGACAGAUUUACUUCUUCUACAAGAUUCCGGUAUAAACCGGUAUCGAACGCAGGAAGAUCUGGACAUGGCGCUCCAAGAUGCGGCAUAUGGGGGGAGCAAAGCGAUCGUAGAGAAGCUGCUACGCGAGGGUGCUAAUGUGAACGCCAAGGGGAUGCCAUUCGGCAAUACUCUAUGGGCUGCAGCAUCCAGAGGGCAUAUAGCUGUUGUGAACCUCCUCCUAGACAAGGGGGCUGAUAUUGAUACAUGGGCUCGACUGGGAGAUUAUGGAAGCAUUCUCCAUGCUGCUUGCCACUGGGGAGACUUGGUUCUCAUACAGCUGUUGCUUGAUCAUGGAGCCGAUGUCUACAAUAGAGGCGGUGUGUUUGAUUCCGUAUUGCAAGCGGCAUGUGGACAUGCUUGGGAUGUGCCUGACAUUCAAAUAUUAAAGCUCUUGCUUGACGGUGGCGUUAACAUUAACGCUCAAGGCGGGAAAUACGGCACGGCAUUGCAGGCAGCUUGCGUUUUCAAACACCAGGACACUAGGGAUAAUUAUCUCAAACAGGUUGAUGUUGUACGCUUUUUGCUAGACCAUGGCGCCGAUGUGAAUCUUGAGGGUGGCGAAUACGGAACUGCGCUGCAGGCCGCUUGUGCUACCGAGUAUGAUAGUUUCGAUAUAAUACGUCUAUUACUGGAGCGCGGUGCCAACAUUCAUUCAGCUGGUGGAAAGUAUGGGAGUGCAUGGCAUGCUGCUGCUCAAAAUGCCCGUGUGGAGGAGACGAAUGCCCUCCAGCUGCUACAUAUCGAUGUUAAUGCCCAGGGCGGAAUUUUCGGCACAGCUUUGCAAGCAGCGGCAUACUCCGGCCAGACGAGGUCAAUCCACAAGCUACUAGAAAGGGGGGCUCAAAUAGGCAUAUCUGGGGGUAAGUAUAGAAACCCUUUGAAUGCAGCAAUCAUCAGAGGUUAUUGGGAUAUUGUGGGUAUUCUCCUUGAAAAGGGUAGAGAUCAAGGCUGCCAGUUUGUUGAGAAUGGAGAUGAGGCCUGGCUUGAGCAAAUUCGGCAGGAGCAUGGCGAGGGUGCUAUCCAGAGGUGGGAAAAGUUUUGGAAAGUACAUGGGAACAGAAUCGUAUGA